UGGUGUAAUGAGGUCCUCCACGUGAAUUGGCUUUUAUUCUUUCCUGUCAAAUCGCAGAUCGCAUUAGACAGCAAGAGCUCCUUUUCCCCCUCAUCUUAUAGGGCCGCAUAAAGCAAAUCUUGGUGCUUCUGCCAAUGCUUAACUAGGGGGGUAAUUAACUUCAUUCUUUCCCGUCCUUGCGCCGUGUCAAUAGAUAAAGUCAUCAUUUCCAGGAACAAAAGAAAGGGAGAAAGGGAAGGGAAGGAAAGAGUCGGAGGUAACCCGUCGUUCCAUCUUUGCUCAGCUCGCUUUGCUAUGAAAGGACGGAGAAAAAGCCACCUACUUUCGGAUGCGAGCGUAUCUAUUUAUGGUGAGAAACCACAAACACGCUUUAAAUCUGCGGCGAUGCAGCUCCUCGGCAUACUUUAAUUGAAUUCUACGCGGCUCGGGCUGAAGAUCUGGACGGUGGUGUCAAUGGAGGGUCAAACAGUAUUCGACUCUUCCUUGGAGGGUUGAGCCAAAGUUUUGUCCUUUCUGUUGCUGUCGCCCGGUCUGGUCUGAGAGUACUCCGUCCAACAGCUCUCCACGAGGUCUACUUUCUUGCCAGUUGCCAACUCCUCCUUUUCCCCGAAGCCAACAACGGUACAUACAAAAAGCUCUCCCUGUGUCUCUCUCUCUCUGACGUGCAGGCGGAGAAAAUCCCUUUCUUCCUCUGCAUUCCAUACGCGGUCAUUCAUGAAUUUCUGCUGACCCACCUUCGAAAGUUUCAUUCAACCCAACCCAAUACGGUGUUCCUUCCUUUAACUCUUGCGCUCAUUCGUUCAUUCGAAACGAACGCCAAAUUCCGUUUCUUUUUAGCUCCGAUCCAGGUCCCCUGUUCCAAAGCUGCGAACUUUGCAACCCCUUCACCUCCAAACUACUCCUCCUUGAUCUGGGUCCCCGCGAAAACUCUCCCAUGGCGUGCCCAUCGGGUUCGAUUCUCUACAACGGCACGCUCUGCGCCUGCCCGCCUGGGCGCCUCUUGAACGUCACCGCCGACGCCUGCACUCUGUUCACGGCCAACACCACCAUCUCCGUCGACAGCGGCGUGGAUUACUACGCCAUAAGCUUCCCCGAGACCAUAUUCUCGUUCGAUUCGAUCAAGAGGUUCACGCAGUCGCAGGCCUUGUUCUUGGAGGCCACGGCCAUCCUGCUGCUGUCCUGGCUUUCGUUUUGUAUAUUCAUGAGGUUCAUGAAGGUCGGAGAUGGUAGGAAUGCGUGGUUCCAGAUUCGGUGGUGGAUUAGUCGUCUGGAUAUUUGCUUCUCCACCAGGCAUUGGCUGGAGGAUCAAAAAGUUGUUAAGAAACGCAAAACAGAGCUUGGUGGCACACUUUCCAUUGCAAGUUGGAUACUUUUUACUGGGUUGUUUGCUGCGUUGCUCUACCAAAUUAUCUGGAAGAGAACCAUCGAGAUUCAUAAUGUAAGGGCAACAAAUGCACCUGAUCUCGCUUCCUUCAACAAUGACAUGGAAUUUAAUAUCACUACUGUUUCUAGUAUGAGCUGUUCAAACUUGUGGGGUACGUACACAUUAGUUAUGGGGAGUCCUGGCUUGAUAGACUAUAAGGUUGCUCCUCUGUCAAGCUUUGCAGAUUUCUCUUGCCAUAAUACCAGUGAAGGGCCAACCGUAACACUCAGGUGCAGAAAUUGUCAGCUGUCUCAAGACAAUUAUUACAUUUCAUGGCAGUUUGUUGAUCUGCCAAAUAAUCCUGCAACUGCAGUGGGUUUCCGAUUCAAUCUUACCUCGAACGCCCAUGGCACUAAAAAACAUGUGAGCUUUGUAAGUGGUACCCUGAGGAAUGGGAGCGCUGAUGAUAGGCCAGUUACCUUCAGAGGCAAUGCUACAAAUUUGCUGAAAUUUAAUUUGUUCCCAAGUAUAUACCGUAAUAUAGACGAUCUCAGGCUCAUCCAACCACUAUUCCAUGAAUUUCUUCCUGGAUCAGUUUUUCGGGAUGCUUCUCAACUUCAAGCCUCCCUGGAAAGUUCUAAUGGGAUCAUCAACACUACAUUAUAUAUCAACUUUCUGUCUUCGUAUAUCGUCGAGAUUGACAAUCAGAGUAUUAUGGGCCCUGUAAGUUUCCUUGCAGACCUAGGUGGCCUUUUUUGCAUCAGUAUUGGCAUAUUCUACUACUUCUUGGUGCAGUGUGAAUACAGGGUCAAGAGACUGCGCAAUGAAGAUGCUGUUCUGCGGCAAAUUAGACACCGGCUGAAAGCUCAAGAACGCUGGGAUAAAUUGCGGAAAUAUGUAAUGUUCACCUGGGAUUGCAAAGCACUGGAAGAGAAAUAUAAAAACAGCACUAUUGAACCACAUUGUAGCGAUUGUAUGAUGCAUUCAGUUCGAAGGAAUGGCUCCCUUCAUACCAGCAGAUCGAAGAAGCAAUCGCAUAGAAAUGGGUCUAUUAAUCUUAGCAAGAAACUAAGCUUACCCAGCAAAAAGAAUGCUGCCCCAGAGUGUACCCAGUUGCAGGAGGUAAGCACUCAUUUAGCAGGAUCAGGAAACCAGGACAGAAUGUUGGAAUCAAGAUGUGACAAUCCACAGAAACACGAGCUCUGUUCCACAGUUGAUAAGAAGCAGCAUUCUAUUGAAUUACAGGAGAAAAAUACGUCUUCAGCAUCAGUUCUCUCUCUUACUGAUGAUCGACUCAUUCCACCGUUGUCAGUACCAGAAUUUAAGGCUGGUUCUGACAUGGAUAUGACUGAUGUCCAGAAGAAUAUUAUGCUUUUGUAUGAGUACAAUGCCAUGUUGAGGGAAAAGUUAGUUGCCACCCAUUCUAUGCUCCGUGAUCUGGUGACAGAACCCUCAUCUGCAAUGUCAAGAGACAAAAGAUGACAACGUGCAUUCUGAUUCAAGACAUCCCCUUUGCUCAUACUCCUGAAAAAUGCACAAGGGUGGAUAAAUGACAUGUCACAGGAGAUGAUGCUGCAUAUUGAACUGAACAGUCAAGCAGGCUUUGUUUUGCAUGAUUCAAGUGUCUCCUCUGGUGAGCCAGCUGGGGGUUCUGUUCAAUUCUGUCGGCAACUGCUGCCUGAUCUGCAGUAAAAUCUGAUUUUUUUGAAUGACUGAUGCAGCAAGUUGCUCAAUUUUGUGGCUUGAGUUGUGCGGGAGAGGUUUAUCCUGGAAUUCAAUCUUGCACUAUCGUUUGCAAAUUCAUGAGACCAAGCAGCUUAUGUGAAUUGUAUCUACACUUUUUAAAGCUAUUAGAGGUCAAAUGUACGAUAUUUAGGAAGCCAAUAGAGAGAAUAGUCGAUUUAUGUAUCCAGCAGAUCUUCAGAAUUAUUGAUAUGUAAUAUUUUGCUGUUUUCUGCUGAUUCACAUGACUCUGA